GAGAGGGAAAGGAAAAGGGACAGAAGGAAAAGAAGAGAAGAAUGAAAUUUUGGUGUUGGUUAUUGUUGAAAUCGAAGGUGAGAAUGUUGAGAGUAUCCCAGGAGGUGGCUCUGCUCAUAGUGCCUAA